GUGAUGUCGGUCACAGAGCUAGAAGCUCAGAUGAUGUCUGCGGAGUCCCAGCGACAGGGCCAGGUACGUCCCCAGCAUCAUCGGGAGAGGCCGGUGAGACCGCAAGCCAUGAGCUUGAGCACCACUCCGCCGGUGCCUGGUUUGGGGACCACGCCGCAGAUGCCGCUGAUGUACAGCCGCUUACGACCACAGCUGGCACCGGAGUCUCGAGAGGAGCCAUCACGACCCCAACCUCCAGUCGCUGUGCCAGCUGCCCCUCCUCCCGUGCCAGGGGAGCAAGAGCCCUUGCACGAGGAGCCGGCAGAAGAUCCGGCUCUUCCUACAGAUCCGGUUCCAUCGAGAAUCUUCCCGUUUACUCGGCAGCACCGUGAUGCUAUCCUUGCGGGCCACGCAGAGGAAGCUCAUGUUCAGCCGUUUCUGCAACCGGCCGGGCGGCAGCACGUAGGUCUCAUGACAACCAGCGACAAGGAGCUGAUUGUUCGUAUUCAGCUGAAUCAGAUGGCCGCCAUUGGUGAGCAGACGGGCCAUAAGCUAUAUCAGCACCGCAAACCACCGGAGCCUGUUCUGGACCAGGGGCUUUUGCACGGAUAUCCCGGUGCGGAAGGGCCAGAUGGAGGGACAGGCGACCCUAUGCAGCACGCCAG